UUAAAAAUAAAUAAAUUUAAAAAAAGGCGGUAAAAAUGAUGACAACAUCGUAUUAUAAUAGCGCGCCACCGUUAAAUUUCGGCGGGAGUUCUUACAGCCCGAGACUCUCGACGAAAUGCGUGUACUGCGGGAAUAUUACGCCGGUGCAGGAUUCGGCCGGGCCCGAACCCCCGAGGAAUUGUUUCAACUGCGGACAGGAAAUGCGCCCGAAAUCUCUGAGCGGCAUGAGCGGGCCUAACUUGCAAAAUUUGCAGAACGCGCUAGGCUACCCCAGUUUUCAGCAAGGAGGUUUGAGCAAUGACGGCAAUAACCCACUAAAAUUUGCCCAGAAUUAUUACGGCAUGGCCGGAGGACCGCGAGGCGAUUUUGGCGGAGGCGGAUACGGGUUUCCCGCCCCCAGUGGGCCGUCUCUAUGGAUGGGAGGAGCUGGAGCACCUAACCCAUAUAAUCAACUCCAGCCAUUUCAAUCGGCGCCGCCAAAACAAUUUUACCCCAUGUCUAUGGGGGGAGGCGGAGACGUGUGGGGUGGAGGAGGAUACCCCUUCGAUCCCAUGGGAAUGCAAGGCUUGAUGAGACGAUCCAGCCCAAUUAUGAACGCGACAGGGAUGGAUGGUAUGUUUUCUGGGCCAGGGCAGAUGUCUUACCCACCAUCCAGUGGUACCGAAAAUACGCUAAGAGAAUCGCUCCGACAACUCAAGUCUACCAUAAUGGACCUUAAAUCGACGAGCGAGGCCUUCGGGGCGGCGACAGAGCGCAAAUUGAGAGAGGCCUACGAAUUGAAGACAGGAGGCAGUCAAAGGAGAGGAAGUUCAUUGAGACCCUUCUUGAAUACGGCAGUCUCCAAGGAUACAUUGAAAGGGCUAAGGGCUCUCAAUGACCCCAGGGGAAAGAAGGUUACGAUGUUGAUGGAUCGUAGGCCUUCGGUAUCGCGCUCUAUGUCUAGGAGCAAUCAUGGAAGUCUAGCUAGCCUUUUAUCGAAGGACGAUUUAGGAAGCGUGGCCAGUAGCAAAAGUCAAAGUUCGUUAACCUCCAACCCUUCAAUAACAUCGCUCAGCGAAGCCGACGACACCAUGGACGAGAGCAGCGUCGCUAGCGCCACUAGCGCGACGAGCUUGACGGGGGCGGAAACGAGCGAGGAGGCAGAGAGCGGAGCGGAGAGCGCCGCCGAGGGGAAAAAGGACAAGAAGGCGAAGAAGGAAAAGAAGGCCAAAAAGGGCAAGAAGGAGAAAGGCGGCAGCAAAGCGAGCAAAAAAUCCAAGAAGGACAAAAAGAAGAAGGACAAAAAGGGGAAGAAAGGAGGAAGCAAAAAGAGCAAGAAAGGGAAAAAGGGGAAGAAAGGCAGCAAGGGUGGCAAAAAGGGCGGUAAAAAGGGUAGCAAAAAAGGAAGCAAAGGCGGCAAAAAGGGAAGCAAGAAAGGCAAGAAGAAGAAGUAAAAAAAAAAUGGCGCUGCCCAAGUUUCUCCCUUUUACCGGAAUAUAAAAUUUUUCAUAACUUUUCCUGUCCUAAGAUAUAUAUUAUUUUUUUUCAUAACUGUUUUAUAUUUAAUUUUUUUA